UCUAAAGACAAGUUCGCCUCCCUCUGCAUUUUUUCAUCGAGAAGAAGCAAAAAUGUUCGAGCAUCAUCUUCCGGAGGGGAUCUUACUGGAUAUAUGCUUAAGAUUACCAGUGAUAUCUAUCGCAAGGUUCAGCUACGGUGAUGAUCAGAGCUUCCAUUCAAUGGCCAGUAGAAGUGAUUCUUCGUUAUUAUUGUCUGAUUAUGAAUCCGUUGAAAUUGAUUAUCCGUUCAAGUCCCAGAAACCAUUAGUUGAAAUUAUUGGUUCAUGUAAUGGUUUAGUCUGCUCAGAACUUAAUAGGCGUGAUGUUUGUAUCUGGAAUCCAUCUACAACCGAGUUCAAGAAAAUACAAACACCACCGAAUGAAUUUGAGAUUCGUGAUGUGGCCCAUAGGAUGGGACGAAAGGGAUACUCGUAUGGAUUUGGUUAUGAUUCCAAAAUUGGGGAUUAUAAGUUGGUUCGAUAUGAACGCUUUGAAUAUGUGGUGUACCUUUCAGCAGGUAGCAUUUAUACAUUAGGAACAAAUACAUGGAAAAAAAAUAGAAUCUAGGACAUUGAUGCGCUAUGAUGUUAGCAUUGGAGACAAAUCGGGGGUGCAUGUUAAUGGAGUUCUGUACUGGAUUGCUGCUCGCACCCUCGAAGGAGAUGGGUUCAAAUCAUGCCUGGUAAUAGUUUCUUUCGAUAUCUGUGAUGAGAGUGGCCAUGAGAUAACACUACCUGCUGACAUUUCAGCCGGCAAGGUGGCAUUUAGUUUGAGUGUGCUUGAUGGGAACCUUUGCCUGAUUUGUGAUAUACUUGAUGUUCAUGCGGAGGUAUGGGUGAUGAAAGAUUUUGGAGAGGAUAAAGGUAACUGGGCUAAACUUUUUACCAUUGAUAAAUGUGUUAUAAGUUAUGCGAUGCUUAUACAUUCUCUCAAAACGGGUGAAAUCCUUUUUCAGCUAGGGAGAGAGAAAGUUGAUGAGCCAUUGAGCCUAAUGGUAUUGUUUUAUAUGAACCGAAACAUAAAAGGAGUACAGUUCUACUACUUGGUCCUCAUAUCUUAUUUGGCAUUGAGAGUUAUUUUCCAAGCUUAGUUUCACUUAAAUCAGGUAUUUUUGUGGGGGCAAGGGAAUUCGAGGAAUUAUAAAGCUAGAAGGAAACUUUAAGAAAGGGUGAAGUCACGCUACUUCUGAAAUGUUAUACUGUAACCGAGAAGUUAUUAUGGAGUAGAAUGGAAGUAGUGGGGAAAAUGAAGAUGUGGGAGCUGCUAGGCGUUCUGCCAAUUUAUUGGGCUUGGUACUCUUUUAAGGCGGACGAUUCUAAGAAAGCUACCUUGUUUGUUCAACCAUAUUUUGAGUAAGGUUUUUCCACCUCUCGUGAAUUUACCUUUUUAUCUUGUUUGGAGACUAGAAAAGUUUAUCUAAGAAUCAGUAAAACUAUCUAACAUAGUAAUGUUUGAUGAUACUUUCACUUCA